GUUCUGGUAAACAUUUUAGUGUGUUUUUUCCGAAGUUUGUGGCUUAUUAAACCCCCGAAUCCGUAGCAAAUGAGGUGUUUGUGUUAUGGCUAGCUUGAACACGGAAUUCCGGAUAUAGCCGCUAAACCGGCCGGCUUGUUAGCAGCCCGGUUAGCUAAACCGCUAGAGGGGCUAACGUAAUAGAACAGAGCAGCUGACGCUAAUCACCGUCAUUUACUGUUGUGUUUAAACGCCUCACAACUUUAACACAUCAUUUAAUCUCAAACCCUGUAGAAAUCUGCUAAUCAUCAUUGAAACAGUGUGUUAAAUCUCGGAAACAUCAUGCAGGAAACCCUGUGACCAGCAGCAGCAAAGUUGUUCAGUCUUCCAGGUGCAAACAUUCGGGAAUGUGGAUGAGCAUGUUUGCACGUUUUGCCCUGCCUGUGCUGCAAAGGAACAUCUCUUCACUAACCUACAAGGCCCUGAGGGCUUGUUGUAGAAUUGAGAUGACUGCCACUGCCCCAUCCUCUAUCAUGCCUUCAUUGCAUAUCCGUGGACAUCAGACACUCGGUUCUGCUUCCCUCCCAUUGGCUCGUCACUCAGUGAGGCACGCUCGGGCUCUGGAUGAGGAGAGGCUGUUGGAGGUGGAGUGGGAGGAUGGAGGCCAAAGUCUGUAUCCGUUCACCUGGCUGAGAGACAACUGCCAGUGUCCACUGUGCACGCUGAAGUCUGCGCAAGCCCGUUUGCUUCUGCUAGCUGAUCUUGAUAUUCAUACAGGAGUGGAUGUUGUGGAAGUCUCCAAUGACAACAAGGUUUCAGUCGUGUGGCCUGACCAGCACAUCAGUGUGUUUGAUGCAGAGUGGCUGAAAAAACGCUGUUUCUCCACCGCUGCCAGACAAGCAAUGCAAGAGGAGCUUUUCCUCAACAAGCGCUAUUAUUGGGACGCCAAACUGCGUAUUCCCACAGCCAAUUACCAGGAAGUGCUCCAUGACGAUAAGGCAGCACUCGCUUGGCUUCUGGCCCUGCGGCGGGUUGGCGUGGUCUACCUGAAGGGGGCUCCCGCCGAGAGAGGCCACGUGGCCAGACUCGCAGAGAGGAUUGGCUAUCUCAGGCUGACAUUUUAUGGGCAUACAUGGCAGGUCCAGGACAAACCCAUGGCCAACAAUGUGGCCUACACGUCCGGGAAGCUCAGCCUGCACACCGACUACCCCGCUUUACACUUCCCACCUGGAGUGCAAUUUCUGCAUUGCAUCAACCAGGCUGUGAAGGGAGGAGAGAGUGAGGUGGUGGACGGCUUCCACGUGGCCGAGCAGCUGCAGAGAGAAGACCCAGAGGCGUUCAGAACGCUCACCUCGCUGUACGUGGACUUCACCGACACCGGAACAGACUACUGUGACUUCAUGCUGCAGUCCAAGAACCGCAUCAUUGAUGUGGAUUCUGAGGGCCGAGUCACCAGGAUAAAUUACAACAACGCCACCAGAGAUGCGGUUCUGGACCUCCCCCUGCACCAGGUCCAGUGCUUCUACAGAGCUCUGAAGGUCUUUGUGGACAUCAUGAACAGACCAGAGAACGGGGUUCACUAUACAAUGGAGCCAGGUGACAUCGUGACCUUUGACAACUGGCGUCUGUUGCACGGAAGGAGGCGCUACGUCAGCCGACCAGACAGACUGCGCCACCUUGAAGGAGCCUACCUGGACUGGGAUGAAGUCAUGUCUCGUCUCCGGGUUCUUCGCAGGACUGUCCAGGACGACGUGUGAGCCGCGUGUCUGAGCGGCUAGCCUUACAGCCUCUGACGUGGCAUCUUAGUCUUAAAACGCUGAAACACACCGACGUACCAGACGGCAGGUCACUGUCGUUUACAUUUAGCAUCUCACAAUGUAAAUAACCCCAAAUUAUAUUUUUGAUAAUACACAGAAUGAUUUAUGGUUUAUUGGUACAAAUCCGAGGUUUAACAUGCAACAAAACAAUGCAAAGAUUAAAAAAGAAAAAAAAACAACCAUGUUUUGAAAAUUUAAAGCGUUUUUUCCAAUUAUAAACCUAAAUAAAGUUCUAUUUAAAACAUCCUCAUAGGCACUCCACCAUGUUCUCCAUUUAUUCUCCGUGGUGAUUUGUGCUCUGAGGACGUGGACAGCCUUACGUUUUCAUGUUAGGGUUGGGCUAAGCACUGGAGGAUGAAAUGUCACUGUCCAGCUUUUUACAUUCAUCAGACCCUGUCGGCAUUUCUGAACCCAUGAAUUCUAUAAAUACAUUCGGCGGUUGGUACUUUUUAAAGUUAUUUAGUCUACCAGUGACACUACAUCAGUGUGCUCUAAAGAGCACAUGAAGCUCUGACAGACCCUUUCUCCUCUACCUGCUACAGAACCACUACCUCCGGUUGAUCCCAUGUUCUUGACCUGCCUUGUUUUGUUUAGCCUUCAGCAGCAUAUCUGUCAGCGCCCCGGCUCGUUCACAUCAGUCCAAACUGAUGGUUUUGGUUUUUAUCUGCAAGUGUUGAGACACGGGAAUGAGUUGUUUUACCAGAAACAAACAUGUAAAAAGUGUUCUUUACGGUGUACCACAGAAAUCUACCAGCAUGCAAUGCCUCUUAAAAGGUUUUGGCAUCUUGAAAUAGCUGAACGAGGCUGAAGCAUUAAACUGCUGAAACAAG